GGGAUCGUUGUCCUAAACAGAAAAGAUGAGAAGAAGAGAGGAGCUGAGGAUUUAGAGGUAUUCUCCUUUGUCAUUUAUUAACAUUACAACCACGGAUCAUCCCCAAGUGUUAAGCCUAAAUUUCCCGGGGACGUUUGGGAAGCCUGGCUUCCUUCCGACCCCGCGGAACACUCCAAGUGGAAGUGCCGCUUGGGCCACCAGAGGGCGUCAGGCGGGCCGCAGCGGCCCUAGAGCCGCGCUAUGGCGGCAGCGCGGGUGCUGCUGCUCCUGUCCGGGCGCCCGGAGUCGGUGAGCUUCACGCAGAGUGUGUGUGGCCUCCCGGGCGCCGGGUCUGGGCUCGGGCCGUGGCCCACGUACUGCGGCUUGAAGCGAGGACGGCUCGUCCUCUCGGCCAGGCCUUUCCCAGGCGCCUCGGCCAGGCUUCCGCUCCAGCCACCCCCUUUUUGCCCCUUUGCGGCCCUGGAUCAGCAGCCCAGGGCUUCGGGGCCAGAGCUGCCCAAGAAUCGAGACGUGGAUCUGGGUGUGGCCGUCAUGCUGCAGUCCAGCGACCAGACUGUCUUGUUGACCCGAAGGAUCCGCGCCCUCAUCGUUUCUCCCAACCUCUGGGUACCCCCAGGUGGGCGUGUGGAACUGGAUGAAGAGCUGUUGCACGGAGGGCUUCGAGAGCUUUGGGAGGAGAGUGGACUACAGCUGCCCCAGGGCCAGUUCUCUUGGGUUCCUCUGGGGUUAUGGGAGUCUGCCUACCCUCCUAGACUGAGCUGGGGUCUCCCCAAAAACCAUCACAACAUUCUAUAUCUACUUGUGGUCUCCCAGGAGUCACAGCAGCAGCUGCAGGUCCGGAUCCAACCAAACCCAAGUGAGGUGAGCGCGCUUUUGUGGCUGGGACCAGAUGUAGCAGCUGCAGUGGCUGCCACAGAGGAUGGGACAGAGACACCCAGACAUCUCCCUCAGGACCUACCACCCUCUGUCCUUGCAGUGGAAGUAGAGGAGGAUGGAGGAGUUCGACCUCUGGCCCUGCCCCUGUCCACACUGCUGCGGACGACCCCAACCACAGCAGAAAGCAAAGAGAGAGUGAGCACUGGGACCAAGUUCGCCCUCAGUCUCUGGCUGCAACAUCUGGGCAGUGUGACACCCCUACCAUGUGAAAGUGGAGCCCACGUGGAUCCAGGGCCAGCAAAGGAAGAAGAGAUCAUGGACCCCCUCCCAAACCAGGGAUCUGGACAGCGAAGUGCGUAGUCCCCUCCCCAGCCCACCUCCGUGACACUCACAAAACAUUCACAACCUUUAUUAUGGGUAAGAACUUUGCUACAACUUUGGGAAUAAAAAGUAAAAUUACAACAUAGGUCCUAGGCCCUGAAGCCUGAAAAAGGAGACUGGGGAGAGCACAAGGGUCCUCCCACCUCCCAGGAAAGGUGCAGAACGAGCCAGACCUAACCACAGAAGCCCUAGAAGCUCAGUCCCUAGGCUGGUCGGCGUAAGAAACAUUGUGAACUUAAAUAUAUAAAUAGAGAGAGACCCAAGUGAUAGGCCAGGCCCUGGGGAUCAGGGCUAAGGCCUUAUCCUCCCCCUCAGUCACACUGGGAAGUAGGAGGCAGGGGAAGUCAUCUUUGGAGUAUUUUGGUUUUUCUUGUUUAUGUACAAAAAAUAUGCAACCCAAAAUAGAGUUCUCUGUCCGUGUGUC